CCUUGCAUACAUUUGGCAUGGGAACGAAAACCAAAUGUUUUUAGCCAAAUAUGAAAGUUUAAUAAUUCUUUAAUAAUUUAUCAACUAUGAAGUUAGAGUUCUGAAAGGAAAACAAAAAUUAAUAAUACAAAAAUUUAAAUAGAAUAAGAUCCAAAUAAAUAGUUCGAUAUUCCAAUAAAAUGUCAAAAUCUAAGAAAAAGCAUCGUGAACACAAAACAGAUUCUGAAAAGCAUCACGACGAAGAUGCUAACGAUUCCGUGAAUUCUGAUUCCUCAGGCAGUGAAUCGUCGUCGUCGUCGUCAUAUUCUUCAUCAUCUUCGUCUUUAGGUGAGGAAAAGAAAUCACGCAAGAAGUCAACGACAAAAAGCAAAUCCACAACAAAAAACUCAUCAAGCAGAGACAAAAAGAAGAAAAAACGAAAACAUCAAAGUUCUGAAUCGGAUUCGGAGGAUUCCGACUCGUCGUCUUCUUCAUCAUCUUCUGCAAAUGAGAAGAAAUCCGUUAAGAAACGGAAGCACCACGAAACAGAAGAAACAAAAUCCAAAAACCGAAGAAGAAAGAACUCGGACGGUGAUGAAUCUGGGAAAGAAGCACAUAAGCCAUCAGAUGGCAGGCGAAAUUCUGUAGGUCCCAGUGGUAGGCGAUCAAGGUCUAUAGAGCGUGGAAGCGAUGGAGGAAACUGCUCAAAAUGGGACAGUCCAGGCAGGGAAGGACGACGGGCAGGAAGAGGAGGAUACCAAAACAAUCGUUACGUCGACCGAAGAGGCGGCAAUAACUGGAAUCGUGGAUAUAACAACAAUGAUUGGCGCGACAAUCGUGACAAUGGUUAUCGAAAUAGAGACGGAUUCGGUGGCAAUCGCGAUUGGGGCAGAGAUCGGCGAGACGACGGCAAUUCAAAUCGAGGAGGACGUAACUACGGAGACGAUAGAGGAUGGAACGAUGAUAGAGGUGCUCGGAAUGAUGACAGAGGUGGACGCAAUGAUGAACGAGGACGCAACGACGACAGAGGAGGAAGAAAUGAACAGAAGGACAGACGACAAGAUGAUAAGGAGAAAGAUCGAAACGAUAGAGAUCGUCAACCUGACCGUGAUCGUGACUCUGGACGGCGCCGGAGUCGAAGCCGAAGCCCGAAAAGACCCCGAAAUUUCCCACGCCGAAACAAUGGUGAUGAUGAUAAAGAAUUCGAGUGGGGUGGGAGAAAGGACGAGAAAAAUGUCAAAAAGGAAGAAGAGCAAAGUCCUGUUGAGAAGGAAAAACCCAAUUUCGCUCUGAGUGGCAAAUUGACUGAGGACACCAACACCGUGAACGGUGUUGUAGUCAAAUAUGCGGAGCCGCCAGAGGCCCGUAAACCCAAGCGCCGGUGGCGAUUGUACCCAUUCAAGGGCGAGAAAGCCCUUCCGACUUUGCACAUUCACCGACAAAGUUGUUUCCUAAUCGGUCGAGAUCGCAAAGUAUGUGACUUGCCCGUAGACCACCCCUCUUGUUCUAAACAGCAUGCAGCUCUACAAUACCGAUUGGUUCCGUUCGAACGAGAAGACGGCUCGACAGGGCGCCGAGUUCGGCCGUACGUUAUUGAUCUGGAGUCUGCAAAUGGAACAUUCUUGAAUAGCAAGAAGAUCGACCCAAGAAGGUAUGUCGAGCUGAUAGAGAAGGACGUUCUAAAGUUUGGCUUCAGUUCGAGGGAAUAUGUGCUUUUGCACGAGAACAGUAAAGAGGAUGAAGAUGACGAUGACGUGAAGCAAGAAGAUGAUGGUAUUCAAGUUAAAGAGGAGCCAGAGUAGGCACACGCUGGACGAUUGGAAUACAUUUUGUCUUAUAAAAGAUUGUAUUAAUAACUCGCCCACUUUCCCCCUCUUGUAUAUUUUUGCAGAGGAAAUAAAGACAAAUCUAUUCCCUGUA